ACAACCUCCAUUAUCGGGCCCUCCAUUAUUAUCCCAAAACCACUUUCUGUUUCCUGUUUCCUGUUUCCAGUUUUAUAAAACCGCUCUUUCUUUCUAUAAAAACACUCUCCUCCUCCCGUCGCCUGAUAGACCGAUAACAAAUUAUUCUCAUCAUAGGAAAAUGAGUUACCUGAAUCGUGUUUACAUGGCAGCCAGCGUGGCCGUCGUUCAAGGCCAUGCAGACCAAGGCUAUAAAUGGACAUCCAGCUUCAAGUCUCUGCAGCACGGCAAGAGAAGGCUGUUCCCCACCGGAGAAUCGUCGGAGCUCCGGCCACUCGCUGGAGCAGCCGGAUCAGAUCGCGACGGAGUUCCUAAAAGUCCUCGCUUGGACGGAGUGAGGGAAAACGAUGAGUCUUUUCGACGAGUGAUGUACCUAAACUGCUGGGGCCAGGGGUGAACUCAGUGUUAAUCCGGGCGCGUGAUAGGAGCUCAAGAAUGAGUUGUAAAGUUGAGAUGAGCUGACACGGAUAUGAGUUGUGAAUCACAGAGAGGUUGAGUGGGCGUUGACCGAGUUAGAAGAGAAUGUAGAGACGAGUUGGGAUUUGCGAAUGCACUUAGUCAUAUCCUUUGUAAAAGAAAAAAACUGUUUGUAAAAGAAAGAACUGUAAAUUUGUACAAGAGAUUAGAAAGGAAAUGAAGAACAAAUUGCGAAUGCUUUGCUCUUGCGUA